CAGAGAGAGAGAUAAGGAUUAGGAUUAGGUUUAGGAUUAGGAGAAAGAUGAAGAGAGGGGUUUAGGUCGACCAACUGGUUGUUAAGGAUAGAAACUCCUUAACCAUACAUUUAUAACAUUUUCGCAACAAUUUUCUUCUCAUUACCAAUUACAACUUGAUUCCAAGUUUCAACAAGCAAGAAACAGGAAGUUCAAGCAUCAACUAUAUCAUGGCUUGCUGAAGCAAGAUUCUUCAGAAAACAAAGUUUUUAUUUUGAUAUAUUUUUCUUCCUCUAAUUUUUAUUAAAUAAGAAAAAAAAGGUUUUUAUUUGCUUUCUUUCUUCUGGGGGAGGGAGAGAAUGAUAUGGGUCUUUCACGUGUGACAUUGAUGAGAUGAUGACUACAAAUUAUAUACCACUAGAAGAAGAAAAAUAUAACAAGAGAAAAAUGCGUAACCUUUGAUUUCUUUCUCUGAAAAUUUGGGAGAAAGCAACAGGAUCUUCCACAUUUUGUAUUUUGGGAUCAUCAAUUUUAUUUUUUUAUAAUUCCUUUUAAGACUUGGCUUGUCUUCUUCAACAAAGCAGCAGAGUAUAUCCAGGUUCCUGGCUGCUGCUGCUGCUUCUAUGACCUGAUCACAAGAAAAGGGACUAUGGAACUCAACUGAUCCAAGAAUAACACUCCAUUGAUACAUUUCGAUGGAGAAUUAUCCGGAAACUCCGUUUCUUCCCGGUAAUGCAAUCAUCCACAUGAAUCCUACAGUUUCUUACUCUGACGAAUUAGCCGGUAGAGAAAGAACUGAAGCUAGCAAUGUAUCAGCUUCACAAGAGAGGCAAGUGUUGUCCAGAUUUGGCGGAAUUUCGCAAAUGCAGGACAUUCAAGAUUUCGGUUCUUGGAGAGACCAAGCGAUGGCAGGAACUACUGGAGUUCUUCAGACCGGUCAGGGACUGUCCCUUAGUCUCGGUUCACAGAUUCUCCCUGGAAUUCAUCAGAUGAGCCAUCAAAGUAUGGAGCCAAGAGCCGAAAAUUUUAGAGGCAAUGAAUAUACAACGCAGAGCUUUCCCGGUGGGAAUCAGAACUUGGAUGCAGUGAGAACAAUUCCCAAUUCAAAGUAUCUCAAGGCGGCUCAACAGCUUCUAGAUGAGGCUGUUAAUGUAAAGAAAGCUCUGAAGCAGUUUCAGGCAGAGGGAGAUAAGAACAACGAGAACCCUCAAAAACCGGAUCAGAACCUUCAAGACUCGAGCACGAAUCCUCCCCCUGAAAUCUCUCAAUCGGAGAGACAAGAAAUGCAGAGCAAGUUAACAAAACUCUUGUCAAUGUUGGAUGAGGUGGAUAGAAGAUAUAAGCAAUAUUACCAGCAGAUGCAGAUAGUAGUAUCCUCUUUCGAUGUAAUAGCAGGUUCUGGAGCUGCUAAGCCAUACACGGCACUCGCUCUUCAAACCAUUUCACGCCAUUUCCGUAGCCUAAGAGAUGCAAUAUCAGGACAAAUCCUCGAGACAAGAAAAUGCCUCGGUGAACAAGAUGGAUCAGAUGGGAACAGAGUUGGGAUAAUAAGCCGACUUAAGUACGUUGAUCAACAUUUAAGACAACAAAGAGGUUUUAUGCAACCUCAAGCUUGGAGGCCUCAACGUGGUUUACCUGAAAACUCUGUUUUGAUUCUCCGUGCUUGGCUCUUCGAGCAUUUUCUUCACCCGUACCCAAAGGAUUCGGACAAGAUCAUGCUAGCAAGACAAACAGGGCUUAGCCGUGGUCAGGUCUCAAACUGGUUUAUAAAUGCUCGUGUGCGUUUAUGGAAGCCGAUGGUUGAGGAAAUAUAUAAGGAGGAAUUCACAGAGAAUGAUUCCAACUCGUCCUCUGAAAAUACACCAAAAAUGUCUGAGAUAGGACCUGGUGCUGCUGAUGAUGAAGAUCGAACUCAAGAUUUUGCACAAGACCGGAACAAACCGGAUCAUGGACAUGGUUAUGGUGUGGAAACUUGUGGCAUGGUUCAGGGCGAUCAAAUGGAUGGUCGGCGGUUCGUGACGGUUGAGCCUACGUAUCAUGUGGCUGAGAUGUCAAGAUUUGGUGGUGGUAGUGGUGUGUCUUUGACUCUAGGACUUCAAAACUCUCAAGGGCAUGAUAAUGUUGUGGCAAUGUCUAGUGAGGCGUAUAACAACUUUUCCGGAGUGGAUAUUUACGAGAAGGCCAUCGUGGGAGCUGAACUCGAAUAUGUAAACCCUGUGAGUCGCCAGAACCGGAUAGGUUCUUCACAGUUGGUACAUGAUUUUGUAGCUUGAAGCAAUGCAGAGGAAUAAAGAGUAGGUGUGAGUGAUGAUAUGAUCAGUCUCAAUUCUCUAGUGGAAGGAAGUUGGUCAGAGAAAAAGAUUUAGAAAUAUUUGUAUAAAGAAAACAUUCUUUUGUGUAAGAAAAUAUAAGUGAGGUUUGGUCUAUUGGAGCAAUCACUAAACACAUUAUGUGAAGUGAAAUUUGAGAUCUGUAAGAGAUGAACAUUUAUCCUGGUUUCCUGUAAUAAAACGCACGCAGUACGAUUUGUUGGUU